AUGUGGCAGGUCCUCAUGUGGCAUGUCCUCAUGUGGCAGGUCCUCAUGUGGGAGGUCCUAAUGUGGCAGGUCCUCAUGUGGCAUGUCCUCAUGUGGCAGGUCCUCAUGUGGGAGGUCCUAAUGUGGCAGGUCCUCAUGUGGCAUGUCCUCAUGUGGCAGGUCCUCAUGUGGGAGGUCCUAAUGUGGCAGGUCCUCAUGUGGCAGGCCCUCAUGUGGGAGGUCCUCAUGUGGGAGGUCCUCAUGUGGCAUGAACACCCAGCCCUCACCAGCCCUCGCCGGCCCUCACCGGCCCUCACCAGCCCUCGCCGGCCCUCACCGGCCCUCACCAGCCCUCGCCGGCCCUCACCAGCCCUCACUGGCCCUCACCGGCCCUCACCGGCCCUCACCGGCCCUCACCGGCCCUCACUGGCCCUCACCGGCCCUCACCGGCCCUCACCGGCCCUCACCGGCCCUCACCGGCCCUCACCGGCCCUCACCGGCCCUCACCGGCCCUCACCGACCCUCACUGACCCUCACCGGCCCUCACCGGCCCUCACCAGCCCUCAUUGGCCCUCACUGACCCUCACUGACCCUCACCGGCCCUUACUGGCCCUCACUGACCCUCACUGA